CACAUCGGCAACUUCCACUCUUCUUCUUAUUGUCUUUCAAUCAAUCAAUCUCUCUCUCUCUCCCCCCCAUAUACACACAAAGGCGUAACAUUAAUGGAGGUCUCAUCAACAUCAUCCAUCUGUUCAAAACCAGAACAAAUCAUGCAAAACUCCCCUCCCAUAAUCUCAUCUCCUAGGUUUCAGCCACAGACAAGAUCUCCUCAUCAUCAUCAUGACCAACAUCAACAUCUCUCAAAUCCUUACCCAACAACAUUUGUUCAAGCAGACACUUCCACUUUCAAACAAGUUGUGCAGAUGCUGACCGGCUCCUCCACCGAUACCAACACUGAAAACCACCACAAAGCUCCUUCUCCGGUGAACAACAACAAAGGAGGUUUCUCAAUCCCACCCAUCAAGAAAACCAACAGCUUUAAACUCUACGAAAGAAGACAAAACAAUAACAACAACAUGUUUGGUAAGAAUGAUUUAAUGAUCAAUACUUUAAGGCUUCAAAACUCCCAGAGGUUGAUGUUCUCAAGCGGACACAAUGGUCAUCAAAGCCCAAGAUUCUCUCCAAGGAACAACUCAUCAGAGAAUGUUCUUCUGUCUCCAAGCAUGCUAGAUUUCCCAAAGUUAGGGCUAAACAGUCCUGUUACGCCACUGAGAAGCAACGAUGACCCCUUCAACAAGUCAUCGCCUUUGUCUUUAGGGAGUUCAUCUGAAGAAGACAAAGCCAUUGCUGAAAAAGGAUUUUAUCUUCACCCUUCUCCAGUUUCAACUCCUAGAGAGUCUCAGCCACUGCUUCUUCCUCUUUUUCCGGUUACUUCCCCGAGGAAUCCAUAAAUCUUGACGAUGACCAACGAGUGUUCACAUUCUAUAAUAAGUUAAAUAUAUUAUCGGAUUUUGUUUAUCUAAAUAUAACUAAGAUGUAAGUUAUUAGUAAUGGAGGGACUGCAAAGUUUAUGCGGUUUAUAUGCUCACUUUUAAUCUCAGUAACUCGGUGCAAUUUGUGAUUGGAAUAUAUUCAUGAAUCAUGAUACUGAUUUAAGACA